GUGUGCGAUCUGGAAUCAAACCAAACCACGCCAGACGUACACAAGUGCUCGUUCAUUUUAUCUGACUAUGUUUCAUUGCCGUGGUUGAUCAAGCGGGCCAAAGAUGGCGGUGUCACACCUGUGGUAUUGAUUUAACGUAAGUGGCCAGAAUGUCAGGUAAAUGGUAGGGACAGGAAGCCGUGAUACCAAUUGAACAAUUUUAUAGUCGGUUGUCACAAUGUGGUAUUCCAAAAUGUCUGUACCUAGCCCAGUACACCCCUAAAAGGGAUAUACAUGUAUAUACCUAUAUACGUGCAGAUUAUACCUGACGAGCAGGAGAAAUGAAACGAACUUUCGAAUGGAGAUGUUUUUCGUGAUUCAUAUGAUGUGUUCCCAUACGAGUGUCUGGAAAACGUGAUUUUUGUUUCGAUUCCGUCUGUCGUUUGUAUCUUUUUUACAACAGAACUUUGACAUCAUCGAAGGAUUAAAAAAAUAUAACAAUUUUAAUUUGAAAUUUUGAAACCUGUUAAAAUUCAGAUAUGUAUGAUACGAGGUGAAACCAAUAUUCCACAUCACAUAUGAUGAUAUGUGAGGGACGAACUGAAGGAGACAUGUUCUAAUCCGAAGCUAGGAGAAUACGUCCAUAUUUGUGUUUAUACAUGAAUUCCUGACGUACAAAUUGGAAUUUCACCUGUUAUUUCAGUACACAGGAUAACAAAAUGGCGGACAAAAUUCAAAACGAGGUCAGCCAAUCAACAUCUCGGUUACACGAAUGCACAGAAGAAAAAGUGAAGAGAAUUUUGACGAACGACCGCGGAUUGAUACAAUUCGAAGGCUGUGAUGAAGAGCUUGGACUACGAAAUUAUAUUCGUGUGAAUGACGAUGGAAACAAAGAAGGGCCCGGACCACUGGAUGCUGUCCUCAAAUCUUUGAUGACGGAAUGGAAUCUCAAAACCCCUAACCUCCUUAUUUCUGUGACCGGCGGGGCUAAAAGCUUCCAAGUGAAGACUCAGCAGAGGACAGCUUUCAGGAGGGGUCUCAUCAAACUGGCCAGGACGACUGACCCGUGGAUAAUCAGCGGCGGAAGUAACACCGGCAUCAUGAAGGAAGUUGGUGAAGCGGUCCGAGAUUUCAAUCUGACAGCCAAUUGCGGCCAAUCUAUCGUUGCCAUAGGAAUAGCUACGUGGGGAGUUGUUCAAAAUAGACAACACCUGAGAAUUGUUUCAGGAAAGGAUACCGUUGAAAUUGAAAAUACAAACAAAGUAGUGUCACCUAUUGUUGAUAAUUUAAAUUUGUCAAGAAGUUACAAAAUUGAACGGGUUGCGAACAGGAAUGAAACAUUCCUGAACCCGAACCAUACUCAUUUCAUAUUAGUGGACGAUGGUUCUGAACACCAGUUUGGAAAAGAGAUUACAUUUCGUGCAGAAAUAGAAAAUGCAGUCGCCAACUUGAAGACAGACACAGGCAAAGAUGCAGUGUCCGUCCCUGUUGUACUGUUGGUGGUAGAAGGAGGACCGAACACCAUAGAAACCGUACUGAAUGCCGUGUGUAAGAACACGCCCACAGUAGUCGUCAAGGGCUCAGGAAAAGCCGCGGACAUAAUAGGAUAUGCUUAUGAACAUGCAAGGGAGAUAGUUCAACAUGGCCAGGAAUCAGCACGAGGCAGACCUGUGUCGGUAUUUGACGGACCUCUCAAGUCGAAGAUCCGGACGAUGAUUGAAGAAGAGGCGUGGAUCAACAUAGUCAUUGAUGACGUUUGUAAAAAUGUCGAGAUGUGCGUGAAGGAGAGAAACUUGAUUACAGUGUUCGAUAUAACCGCUACGUCAGAAAUGUCGCAGGGUAUCGACAUAGCCAUACUUAAGGCUCUCAUGAAAGUGAAGAGUGACAACUCGCUGAGUCAGUUAAAGCUGGCCUUAUGUUGGAACAGAAUUGAUAUAGCUAAUAGUGAGAUCAUGCGUGAUAUGAGUCGACAGAGCCUGGAAACAGCACUUGCUGACAACGACAUGAUAAUGUCAGCACUUGGUCUAGACAGGGUUGAUUUCAUGGACCUGUUUCUGGACAAUGGAGUGGACAUCAACGCAUUCUUGACCGCCAAGCGACUGAAGCAACUUUACCAUCAGGUAUCAGCUAAUAGUAUUUUGAGGACGGUGCUGAGGAAGUCACAGAAAAAUUUUGACAUCAACUCGGACGAUUGUCUGGUGAAAGUUGGCGAACUCAUCAACAUUCUUCUUGGAGAUUUUUACGAUGUUCUGGCUGUAUACAAGAAACCGGAAGAGAGGAGAAGUUCUAAAUCGUCAAUUGAGCGGAAUGAUAUAUCAUUUCCAAGGCAACAAAGCAGUAAUGGUGUCGAAACAAAAUCACGGAAAAAAUCUCAGAAUCAAGUCUCGCAAAAUGAAAAUGAGGUGGGAUCAAAAGUCAUUCCGGAGAACAACGGUCUGGAUAAUAAAGCUCCACAAUCAAACCAUGUUUUCCAGAACAAAAUCGACACCACCUCUCCUGCGAAGAAACCUCCUCCCCGUUUACACUCGAUGAGAUCUGCCGUGCGGAAUUUGGUGUCAGUGAAAGUCACAUUAGAAGGAAUUCAUAAAUUCGAAAAUCCAAAUCUACACUUGUUUAUAUGGUGUGUGCUAACUAACAGACAGGAAAUGGCGAAACUGUUCUGGAAAUAUGGAAAGGACCACAUCGCUGCAGCAUUGGUCGCACACGGCCUAUUGAAACAGAUGUCUAUACUCAUCGGGGAUAAAGAAUCGGAGAAAAUACUGAAACAGAAUUCAGACGAAUUCUGUCAACUUGCUGUAAACAUUCUUAACAAAUGUCAGGAAAAAGAUGAAAAGAAAGCCACCGACUUGCUGACACAGCGAAUGGAGGAAUGGGGACAUACCACAUGUGAGCAGAUCGCCAUGAAGACGGACAAUAAACAUUUUGUAGCUCAUGCCACGUUCCAGUCCCUGUUGAGUUCGAUGUGGAUGGGUGAAUUAUCUCCCCUGAAUGGACUUACUUGGAUCCUGAUAUGUAUCGUUCCUCCUCUUCAGCCUCUUAUAUUUCAAACGAUCCGAUUUAAAGUGGAGGAUCAACGGGAACAAAUACAGUCAAAGCAAAUCAGAUGUGAAGCAACUACAAAAUGUGACGACUUCUCCAGGAAAGCAGAAGACAAUGAGGAGGAACUUCCGAGAGUUUCAAGAUUAAAGAAGAUACAGCAUUUCUAUCAAGCACCUGUCGUAAAAUUUGUGCAGAACUUCGUAUCCUAUGUAAUCUUCCUGAUGUUGUUCAGCUAUGCGCUUCUCUCCAGAUUUGACAGCACUCUGACAGGAGUUGAGAUUACUCUGUUUGUCUGGGUGUUCAGUCUACUUGCCGAGGAAGCCAACCAGUUUUUCUCUUCAAAGGGAAAUUACUUCCUCAACAAAUUGAAUGUUCUGGACAUGCUGCCAAUUGUGCUGUUUCUUAUUGGAGUUAUUUGCCUCCUCGUAUCAGGAAGUGUUCAGCUGGAAGUCGGCAGAAUUUUUUUCUCCUUCUCCUUCAUUGGGUUUUUCCUAAGACUCCUUGGGUUGUUCUCCGUCCAUAAAGACCUCGGGCCCAAACUAGUCAUGAUUACAAAAAUGUUCGUUGACCUAAUAUCAUUCCUGGCGAUACUCAUGGUGUUCGUAGUAUCAUAUUCCAUUGCUGCCCAUGCCAUCCUGUAUCCAGUCUCAAGGUUUGAUGGCGACCUGCUAUUUAAGCUCCUCCGUAUUCCAUACUGGAACCUUUAUGGGGAACUCAUACUGGAUGAGAUGGAAAUUAAAGAACCAGAGUGUAGUUUCGACCCCAAACUGUAUGAAAACGACACCCUCCCUCGCUGUCCCACACAGAUCGGGGGAUAUGUUGUACCAAUACUGAUGGGCUUUUACAUGAUGAUUGCUAAUAUUUUACUGUUAAAUCUUCUCAUCGCCAUGUUCAGCAACACUUUCCAGAAAGUCCAGGAGAACUCGGAUCUGUACUGGUGUUUCCAGAGAUUUACAUUAAUUUAUGACUACUCCUGUCGCCCGGUGCUACCCCCUCCACUAAUCCUUGUGUGCCAUAUAUGGAAGUUACUUAAUUGGUGCUAUUGGAAAUACCGACAGAUGUGUAGAUGUGCCCGUACCUGUUGUAAGGAUUGUAGUUAUAAAGACUCUACAAUUUUUGGUGACGUCUGUGAUAAGGAGGCGUCAUUGACACAGUGGGAGAAGAUAGUGGCGGAUGAAUAUCUCUACCGAGUCUCGCUUACCACGGAUGAUAAAGGGAGCGAAAAGACAAAAAAGAAAACUGUUGAAGAAAGCCCCUCAAGCCAUGACAUACCAAUCGAUCUCAAGCUAGACGCAUUACUUGCAAAACAAGAGAAAAUGUGUACACUCCAGAUGACAAAGAAAGGAACUAAUGAAGAGACAAAUGAAAAUGGAAAAGAUUUUAUCAAAGUAAAGAAAUCCAAGAUGCAUUUCCUGUCACGUGUGUGUGUUUACCCAUCGUCUGGAGUCACGCGGUUUCCCGUUCCCGACAAUCUCGUGCGUUGGAAGAAGAAAUACCAAGACUACGACCCUAAAGUGAUAGACUCGAAAGACACAGAGCAAAAAGGCGAUGGCGGGGUUAAAAAGAAAACCGAGCCAAAAAGGAAAAUGCUUCUCGAAUCGACUGUUUCACUAUCAUUUAACGAAUUCGACCAAGAGUAUGGCGUAAAUAGGCGGAGCGUUCUCGGGAAAUACAAACUGGUAUUGGGUAUCCCACGAAAUCCCAUCGGAAGGACUGGAAUAGUAGGGCGUGGCUGUCUUCCUGUGUGGGGUCCAAACCACAAAAAAAGAUUGAUAGUCACAAGGUGGGCAACAGACACCACUGGGAAACAAAUGAUACGUAAAGGGAAACGCCUAUUUCAAUUUAUUUCCUGGAAACGGAAACUUAACGGUGAUUGGACUAUCUAUCCGGACCAUUCCACGGAAAAAAUAGACCAGUCGACAGCCAAAGGGUUAAUCCCUAACGUAUCAGUGAAGCCAGUCGACAUUUUAGAGUCGAUGUUUCUGAAAGGACAAGAGGUGUACCUAGGGUACGUGGACAGUCCACAGAACACUGACAAUGCCUGGACUGAGGUGACGAUCAAGACGUUCAUGGAUGACAGCCAGAGAUUACAGCAGCACAACUACCUUAAUAACUUUGUCUUCCAGGAGGAUGGUUCAAUUCAUGUAGCAGUAUGGAAAACUGCGUCCUCCCGGGAUAUGAAUGGCACAGAGCAGUAUCAAUGUCUGAAAAGUAUUGCUAAAAAUCUGAAAGCGUCAUUUUGAAAUUCGGAGAAAAUACAAACCAAAAACGUACCCUUGCGUGUUCUUUGGGGGAGUGAUUUCACAUUAGUGGACGCCAGUCGUGGAUUUACUGAUAUCUGUUGCUUCCUAUAUGUACUUAUACCACCUACUUACAUCAGCGUUAACUAGUUCACAUGACUAAACGCUCACCUGUUAUGGUAUUUUAAAUCGACGAUUCCAGCAUUUACCAUCCAUGUAUAUAGACGUCAAAGUGAUUUGUUGAAAACGAUAACCGGACCAGGAUGUGGUUUUAAUUAGAUUGAUAUUGAAUAUCCUUCAGUUUUACAACAGUAAAGAAACACAGGUGACAUAUGAUACACGAGGUUUUUAUUUACAUAUUGAACAUGCCUAUGUGAAUGUCACAAGGAAAAAUAACUGUAAUAAUCAGUAUAAAUUAGGUAGUGUGUCUUAUCUGUGUUGGUAAAGUCGACAAACACAUUUCCGUUGGCAGGGGUUUCACAAUCCGGGGGGCGAGCAAAACUCUAAUACAAGAGUCGAGAUAUUCUUGUCCAGGUACAGGCCGACGUUUGAAUAUUUUUCUCACUUAAAAAGUAACAAAUUGUAACGUGCUGUGAAAACUUUUUUCAUCUUGCCAUCAUUAAGGCCCAUGAAAUGUGAGUCGAAAUUGAUGAUGUUAUCAAUUUAGCUACGUUACAUAAACUAAUGACGUUAGGCUUUUAUGAGUAGCGUCAUAGCGGGUGUCAGCUAUCUUUCUCUACCCCGUAUUGAAAUAUAUCAUCCUAUACCAGCAACAACGGGAUCACCUAGUUAAGUAUGUGAGAAGAUAAAAGGGAAAGCGAGGGAGAAAGCAUGACAUUAACUACUAAAGUGAAUCGACGUAACCUUUAUAGGUAUAUUGGUUUAAAUAACUAUAAAUCUGUCCUAACGAUAGCCUUACCAAUGAUCUGUUUAUGUUUGGUCUAUACUGAUGUAUAAACGUGCAUUUAUUGAAAUCUACGCAUCUGUGAUAUUCUAUUUUCUGUGAUAUUUUGAUAAUAAAAUCGACAUAGACCAUAA